AUGAGAACUGAGGCCGUGCUCCUUUUAUCGUUGCUGGUAUGGCUGACAUAUGCUGAACAUCUAACUCUUACCGCCCUCCUCUCAGACGACGACGGCAAGCUAUUCUACGAAUGUUGGGAGAUUGACUCAUUCACCAAGUAUCCAACUGUAGGCAUGGCGGUGCCCGACUUUGCUCAGGUCUCGAAUAUCUCUUGGGUUGUUCUGCCUCCUCGCUCGACCGAGGGCUAUCACAAGCCGCCACAUCCGAUGCUUUUCGUGCUUCUCUCCGGCCUGGCCCAUGUAACGGUCCCAGCGAGCGGUCUCGAAGAACUGUGGAUUGGUGAGGGCGAUGUCAUGAUCGCGGCUGACACCAUUGGGAAAGGCCACAUCACAGACUACCCCCUCGAUAAAGAGUCGCACGCUCUGCAGAUACCGUUCAAAGAUGGCACUCUGCCAGCUCACCGCGUGAUCAAGGCUGGCAUAUGUCAUUCGACUGUCACGGUUGAAGAUGGAUCACGUCCUACAAGCCCUGAAAUGCUCGGGGACCAACAGCCUCUGACGAACUCGGCUUGA